AUGGAUAGAAAAUAUAUCACACACCAGAAGGUUCAAAAUGGAGGGAAGUCAUAUCAUUGUUCUGAAUGUGACAAAACUUUUACAAGUGAGAGAGACCUUAUAGUACACCAAAGAGUUCACACUGGAGAGAAGCCAUAUCAGUGUUCUGAAUGUGAUAAAGCUUUUACUCAGAAUUCACAUCUCAUCACACACCAGAUUGUUCACACUGGAGAGAAGCCAUAUCAGUGUUCUGAAUACAGAGAAGUCAAAUGUGAUCUUAUCAAACACCAGAGGAUUCACACUGGAGAGAAGUCAUAUCAGUGUUCUGAAUGUGAUAAAGCUUUUACAGUGAAGUCAAAUCUUAUCACACACCAGAGGAGUCACACUGGAGAGAAGUCAUAUCAGUGUUCUGAAUGUGAUAAAGCUUUUACACAGAAGUCACAUCUUAUCAAACACCAGAGGAUUCACACUGGAGAGAAGUCAUAUCAGUGUUCUGAAUGUGAUAAAGCUUUUACAGUGAAGUCACAUCUUAUCACACACCAGAGGAUUCACACUGGAGAGAAGCCAUUUUAA